CCCUAACAGAGUGAGAGCAAAGUCUUCAGACAGAGAGAAGCUCGUACAAACUUAUUAUGCAGCUCCAGCUGUCAGAGAGAAAAAUGACCAUCCACAUCUAUGUCUGUCUACUUGCACUUGUGCUGAGCUGUGAAUCAGCUCAACAAAAGCUGAAAUCUUUGAAUGACCUGAAGAAAAUUGAUUUUGGAAGAUCUGUGCCCAAACACAGUCUCCUACUGCUACACUGGUUUGCAAACGUCAUUGACAUUGACAAUAAUGACGUUUUACUUUUGACAUUUGACCCAAAUGAAGAAGAUUUUGGUUCUCAUCACUAUGGCAACUAUGAAGUCAUGCUGGACCCUCUGCCCCGGGGAUACCGGUACUACACUGUGGGCAAUCUACAUGAAGACACAUCCGAUGAACUCCCAGCAUAUGUUCUUCAGCCCCCGGUCAGAGAGUGCGAGGGGACCAACAUGGAUCGAAUCAUUUUCAGAGUUCAGGAGAGAAGCUCCAGACCUCCCAGGAUCGACCGAGUCUAUCUCACACAGCAUUACAGACAGGACGAAUAUCAGGGCACAAGGUACAACCCAGAACUCACUUACCACAUCUCCCCCAGUCUGCUGCAUGAGAUGAGACUGUUUUCAGUGGAGCACAACCCCAGGACUCUGUGGGAGCUCAGAGACAUGUUUGACAGUGAUGCUCAAGACUCACAGUUGUGGGAUCUUAGGAACAUUUGGGGUCACUCCUUGGCUUGCCUCGGUCUGCUGCUGUUUAUUGUGAUAGAAGAAAAACACUGCAAAAAGAGACCAACCAAAAACCAUCACCAGAGUCCAUCCAGAAGAACCACUCAGGCAGAUUAUGUGGUUGACAUACCAGAUGAGAUGAAUUAUGAUUUGCUAUAUCACGUAGAACAGAGGGAUCAGGUGCAGCUUGACGUAGUAACGGGGAAAAAUGGAAAGGCCACAAUUGUUUGGAGAAAUGUUCCUAGGCAACGGCUGAAAGAGGGUGUUGCUGUAGUGAUGUUUAACCACGAGAGAGACCAUGAAGCUAGUAGCACAUACAAACUUAUCAAGAACAGUGAGGGGAGUUAUGACACCUCUGUGCCACUCAAUGAGGGGCUACAGGUUCGGAUGCACAGAGCAGAGAGACGAUGUUUGUUCUGGACUAAAGUAAAACAAGAAAUUUGCAGAGGAAAAGCAUUUAAAAAUCCAGAUCCAGUAUUAAUUGCAGGCUAUGACGCUUACAUCCAGCUCUUUGUAAAGAAUGGUAAAGCUUGUGUGCGCCUAAUUAUGAAGAAGUCAUUUACACAGUGGAGAUCUGAAUUCAGACAGUCUUGGGUUGGGUUUUACGAUUCUGCAGACAAAGACACAGCACACUUCAAAUGGUGGAAGUGGCAAUGGGUUACAAAGUUCACACAAGGCCCAGACUUAGGAGACUACCACACUUAUGAGUAUUAUUCCAGUAUGACAAUAGCUCCAGGUGUGCAAGCACGAUUCAUCCUCGGGGAUUACAGAGCAAUAGCACGCACUCCUCCCUGGAAACAUACACACCAUUGAGACAGGACAAUAUUUGUUAACUUAAUGACUUUGAGGCCAGACAAUCCUCUUAAAUCUAAAUGAAAAAUGUGUUACUUGUGUAUACGCAUGUAUGGAAAAAUAUUGUAUUGAGCAUGUUGGUUUAAAAUGAUGUCAUUAUUUGUAAAUGGAAAAUAAAAUCAUUUGAUCAUU